AUGUCUUCUUACUUAGAACAAGCUGCUGAUUCUGUAAACGAUGUUGCCGCUAUCGAUCAAGCUCUACCCGAUAACCAGGCGAGUACUGAUAACGCCCCGGGAGGAGCUCAACUAGACCCUGUUGCAACAAGUGCUGUAGAAGGACGCCGUCUUUAUAUCGGUAAUCUCGCCUAUGCGACGACUGAGGGGGAGUUACAAGAAUUAUUCAAAGGAUAUUUGAUUGAAUCUACGUCAAUUCCCAAAAACCCGCGCACCGAUCGUCCAGUUGGCUACGCUUUUGUUGAUCUUUCAACUCAGGCUGAGGCAGAACGCGCCAUUACCGAGUUGUCUGGCAAGGAAAUACUCGAUCGCAAGGUUUCAGUACAGCUAGCACGUAAGCCGGACACGAAUGGAGAGAAAGCCGGAGCAAAUGGUGUCGAGGUCGUGUCUGGAGGCGAGGGUGAAGGUGGGCGUCGUAGACCAUCUGGCCGAGGUCGUGGCCGAGGUCGAGGUCGUGCAUCUCGAGGUACCCGGGAAACCCACACAGCCCAGGAAAAGGAAGUAGAAAAGCCUGCGGAUGAUAAUCCUUCCACAAGUGAAGUUACGGAACAACAGACCGCAACUUCAGGAGAGGUAGAAGUGCAGGUUGAGGCCGAUUCCAAGGAACCAAAGGAAAAACCUACUCGCACUCCGCGCCCGCGCCGUUCCCGUGGACCUCCUGCCGAUGGUAUUCCAUCGAAAACUAAGAUCAUGGUUGCUAAUCUCCCUUAUGAUCUGUCCGAAGAGAAACUCAAAGAGCUUUUCGUAGAUUUUGAGCCUAUAACUGCAAAGAUUGCGCUUAGACCUAUCCCUCGUUUUAUGGUCAAGAAGCUGCAGGCUCGAAAUGAACCUCGGAAAGGCCGUGGCUUUGGAUUCAUAUCUCUAGCCUCUGAAGAGCUCCAGAUAAGGGCCGUUGCUGAGAUGAAUGGAAAAGAAAUAGAAGGCCGUGAAAUAGCUGUCAAAGUCGCCAUUGAUAGCCCAGAUAAAAUCGCAGAUGACGCUGAAAACCAAGUCACACAGAAUUCAGAUGAAGGAGUUGAAGGUAAUGCUGAGGGUAAACUUCAAGGCGCUGAGGAGAGUCACGCUGGGGCUGGUGUUGAGGGCCAAGGUGGCGUUGUCGAAAACGUAGCCUGA